AUGAAUGAAACUGAAGUGAAAUACGAAUUUCCUAUUUCUGACAAACAAUGUCGUGUGUGCCUGAGUGUUGGACGAAAACUUUUUCCUCUAGGAGAAUAUUUAGAGAUGUUUAAAAUUAUUAUGUUCGAUUGUGAUUACCAGUCUGUGUUACCAGACAGUUUACUACUCUGCUGGGAAUGUGUUGCAGUCCUGAGGAAAGUGUGCUUAUUCAAGAAACAAUUUUGUAAAGCUUAUGAAACACUACAAUCGGGGCAGAUUGUCUAUGGCCCUUUAUCAAGCCUGAUCACAAUAAUUUUAAACGAUGCUCAUUCACAAAUAUUGUAUAUGCAUGAAACUAAUUUACAAGCAGAUCGAAAAGAAACUCAUUAUGAUGAAGUGAGCGACCACAAUGAUGGUGAUGAUCUCCCUCUUGCUGAUUAUGACUUCAAGAAGGAAACUCUUAAAAGCGAUAGGCAGUUGAUACCGAAAGUAGAACCUAAAACCCCUAAGAAGAACCGCUGGGCCACAAAACGUGCGUUGCUGAACAAAAAACCGAAAUUCAAAAUCGUGACUGAUUGUAAAAAGACCGGUUUUUAUAAAAUUGACGUAAAAAGUAAAGAUCUCUCGCUGUAUUUAGAGAAGCAGAGAGAAAGUGAAUAUUUUAAGUCUAGAAGACACAAAUGUACGAAAUGUGUUUUGACUUUUGACGAUGACAAGGCAUUGGCAAGACAUAACGAAAACCAUCAUUUUAAGGUAGCGCCCUACACAUGCGAUAUAUGCGACUCAAGGAUAUCGAGUAAGCGUCGUCUUAUAAAGCACAUUGGCGAACAUUACAAUAGGUACGCGUGCAGACUGUGUGACUUUACGUGUUGCGACAAAUCGCAAAUACAAUCGCAUCGUCAGAAGAAACAUACAAGAAUUUUCCAGUGCGUCAAGUGCGAACUGAAUUUUGGGAGUCGGAAAGAGUUCUUCAAGCAUUACAAAGAAUGGCAUGAGAAGUUCAUUUGUGACUACUGCGGCGUCAGCUUCAAAAUGAGAUACUGCAUCAAGAACCACAUCAGGAAGCAACACUCGGGACUGUGGUGCGUGUCGUGCAACAAGCGGUUCGCGCGCUACAGCGGGCUGUGGCUCCACAACAAGACGGCGCAUGCGCGUGGCGCCGCGCCCGCCUACUGCGUGGAGUGCGACCGCCGCUACCCCGACCAGUACCGCUACCGGUGGCACCUCGCCAACAGCGCCAGGCACAACCGCAGGGCCAAGACCAGGGUCCCGUGUCCUGGUUGUGAUAAGGUGUUCUCUAAGAACAUCUACAUGAAGGACCACUAUAACCUGGUCCACCUCAAGUAUUUCAAGUACCGGUGCGAAAGGUGCAACAAGAAUUUUAUUCGCAACGCGGACCUGGUGAAGCACACACGUCGAGUCCACGAGGGCAUCCUGCCGCCCAAGAACAAGAUAUGCUACAUGUGUGGACGAGGGUUCUCUACGAACAAGAUACUGUCGAACCACGUGCGCACGCACACGGGCGAGCGGCCGCACGCGUGCGACACGUGCGGCGCGCGCUUCGCACAGAGCGCCGCGCUCACGGCGCAUGCGCGCGCCGCGCACGCACACGGACACACGCACUGA